AUGUUCGUGAGCACCCAGGCGCGGCUGCUAAAUAGGCAGACGCAGAAGUACAUGACGAAGCUUCGCUACCGCUUUCGCCGGCCAAAUGUCCUGCCGUUGCGUCAAACGGCGGAGCAGCGUCGGAACACUAUACUUGAGGUUUUGCGAAGGCGUCGCAUCAGCCCCGGUGAGCACUCACCAUAUCGGUACGUGGAGCAACGCUUGUACUCGAAGUCGUCGCGGCUCGAUCGUGAAGGGGUAAACCUCAACAAAACGUAUGCGCUGCAGGGUCUCGGUGACAUGGAGCCGCUGCGAAAUAGCGCCAACUUUGGUUUGUCGGAGAAGGAUGCGCUGCGGUAUGAGAGCUGGGAGGAGCGGGCCAAGUACACCGCACCACCGAUCCCCUUUACACCGCUUGCCGCACGAAAGCUCGCGGGAGGCGCACUCUGGCCCUCAGCGCCUGAGCCCACGGGAAUGAUGAGUCGGGAGGUGCGUUACCUGCGACACGAGUCUAACAUGUCGCCAAGUGCUCGUGCGUUCUGUGAGCGGGUGGCGUACCACUUGCGCCGUUCACUGAGGGCGUGUCCCGCGCACAUUGGCGAGCGCAUAGACUUUGCCCAACUUAUCAUUCAGGAGGUGCUGGGAUCCCGUCGCUCGAAGGAGAUUUAUAUUGUGUGGUCCACGGUGGAUCCGGGGGCGCGGUUUGAGCUGGAGCCGCUACUUCACCAACUAAAUCAUUGGGUACAACAGCUGAUCAUUCGUCGCGUGAAGAGUCGUCCACACAUUCCUCGGGUGAAUUGGAUCUACGACGGUGGUCGGCUGGAGCGCGAGAUGCCGCGAGAAUUACUGAAUGAAAUGGAAAGCCUCGUUGGGGAGGCCUCCACAACCCUGGAGUCCCGGUUGAAGUACCUUAAGGAGCUUGACACGAUGAAUCAGCGUAUGAAGAGUAUCCCAUGGUUUAUGCCGUACCUGUGGAACAAGGAGGAGAAGGCGACGCGGCGCAAGACAAUGGAGGCCGACUUGGCUGAAGUGGAACGGCGUCAGCGACACGAAAACACAGUCCAGCGGGGCUCUCCGCCACAGACGAGCCCACCACCGCAGUUCAUCCGCUAG